UCCACUGCUCCAGAAGAAUUCAAAACGAAAUGGUUCUCCGUAAAUCAAAACCCCAGAUCAGCGUGUCUCAGCCUUCCUUUCUCGGAUCGCCAAUUUUAUUCGAUGAAGAUGAUGAUUUCCAGAUCGCUCCUUUCACCCAGACAUCGCAGAGAAAACCCCUCAGGCCUUCCAACAAUGGCACCCCCCAACCCCCACUAAAGAAACCCAAACGUUCUGUCAAUCCCGGAAAGGAAAACCUGGAUCCCGGCUCGGCUUUCAGUCAGAAAAGCAAAAUCCAUGACUCAUUGGAGAAUCAAAGCCACUGCGGGAAGCAGAGUCCUGGGUUGGAUGAUUUGGAUGCUGAAAAUUUCAGCUUGGAUUUUAUAGAGUCAAGCAUCGCUUGUACCCAUAAGGUUCAUGAGUCACAUUCCUUGUCAGUAGAGAGUAUUAACAAGUAUGAUAAGGAAGAGGGUUUGUUGAAAGUCAACGAGGGUUAUCUCUGCAAUUCGGGUGAAGCUAGGUUAAUGGGCUCGAGGAUGGAUACCGGGUUCGAUUUUGCAGCCAAUGGGGUGUCGAGAGAGGAUGGCGAGUUGGAGGAAAAUACCGAGCUUGGCGUGUUGCUCAAGCUGUGUUCUGAGGUGGAAGAAAGGGCGGGUGAAUUCCGCGACGGAGGUUUGAUUCAGUGUCCGCUGUGUGGGCUCGAUAUUUCUGCUAUAUGCGAAGAGCAGAGGCAGAUUCAUACCAAUAAUUGUCUUGAUGCAGAAGAGAAACAAGCUAACGAGCAAGUUGUUUCUUCCAAUGGCCGUGGGGCAUCUCAUUUUUCAGAAGACCUCGAUUCUAUUCUGUCUCCACAGAAAGCUGUUGACACCUUUCCUGUUCUUAAAUGGCUGAGAAAUAUUGGUUUAGCAAGAUAUGAAGGUGCUUUUGUCCGUGAAGAGAUUGACUGGGACACGUUACAGUGGCUGACGGAAGAGAAUUGGUAUGGAUAA